AUGGCACCACUUCCAGGAUUCUCGGAUAACCCUUUCCGCACACGCUCAGAUGUCAUUCGCGCAGCCUUUGCCCUCGUGCAACCUCUUAACCAAUAUAAGUCACUAUACAGUGCUCGAAUCAAGAUCGCAACAUCGACGGGUGCCGGCUUCAGCGAAACAGCUGCACAGCUCGAAGGGUUCGCCCGCCCUCUAUGGGUUGUUGCUGAUCUACUCCGUCUCAACGCGCAAGCCUGUGACCGCAAACCAAUUUCAAAGAAUAUUCGGCUCGAGACAUGGAUUGCGGGUUUGAAAGCUGGCACAAGCCCCGAGUCGCCAGAGUACUGGGGCGAUGUUUUUAGUUUCGAUCAAAGAAUGGUAGAGAUGGAAUCGAUCGCCUACGCACUACUCGCGAAUCCUGACGCUUUUAGUCUCUCAAACAACGAAAAAGCGCGUGGAAACCUGGUCGCGUGGCUCCGUCAAAUCAACAAUCAUAAAAUGCCGCAGAGUAACUGGCUGUGGUUCCGUGUUCUGGUCAAUCUGGCAUUAGUCCAAACUCUAGGAGUGCCACUUUGCGAAGUAAAAAGUUAUAUUGAUGAAUCGCUGAAGACGCUCGAUACAUUCUAUAUCUCAGACGGGUGGAGUAGCGACGGCAUGUGGUGUGAGGAUAGAAAGCAAGCAGACUACUACUCUGGCAGCUUCGCCAUCCAGUUCGCGCAACUACUCUUUGUGCGCUUUGCACCCGACUACGAUGCCGAACGAACAGAGAAGUACAAAUCACAAGCGCGAGACUUCGCGAAGGACUACUGGCGCUACUUCGCCCCCAACGGAGCUGCGAUACCGUUUGGUCGCAGCCUUACAUACCGCGUCGCAUUCGCUGCGUUCUGGGCCGCCGCUGCACUUGCUGGCGUCGAUUUGCCCUCUCCAGUCGACGAUAUCGGAACAGUCAAAGGUCUACUAUUAAGACAUCUGAGAUGGUGGGCGCAUCAACCUCAAAUCUUCAACACAGACGGGACGCUGAAUAUAGGAUAUGCGUAUCCAAACAUGUACCUCGCCGAGGACUACAACUCCCCUCAGUCAGUAUACUGGUGUCUCAAAUCAUUCUUAGUAAUAGGUUUAGAGGAGUCGCACCCAUUUUGGGUUAGCGACGAACUCCCGCACCCCCUGGAGGUUAUUGAGUCGGAGGGGAAGAUACCCGAUGUCAAAGUCCUAUGGCCGCCGCACCACAUCAUGUGCAAUACGCGCGAGCAUACCUUCCUUCUUUCCUUGGGCCAAUCUACCACUAAAAAGUUCAAAGCCCGCGAAGCAAAAUACGGCAAAAUCGCCUACUCGUCUGCCUUCGCAUUCAGCGUACCUUGCGGCCCGUUCCUCGAGCAAAUGGCGCCGGACUCAUCGCUCGCGGUGUGCUUUGAUGACGGGGAGGAUACGUGGAAGGUUUCAUGGGACCCAUAUAAUGUGAGAAGAGGGGAAGUAAAUAUGGGAGUGGAUACGCUACCGACGUUGAUGGGUUGCUGGAAGCCUUGGAAGAAUCGGGCCUUGGAGGUACAUACGACGUUGAUUCCGCCUGUGAAGAGAUGGCCUGGGUGGAGUCUGAGAAUUCAUCGCGUGGAAUGGAACCCAUCAAAUCGUGAUACGUCGGCGGUGCGGCUCGUUGACAGUGGGUUUGCGGCAUCCGCGCAGACGUCGCGCGACGUGUCGCUGUUCGAGCAGCCUGUCAAGACGGUUGUCGCAAUGGAUGAGAGAGAUACGGCCGGGGGCUGGUGGAGCGACGAAAAGGCUUCUCUGGUCAUUUCUGAAUCCGGCGCGAGUGGUAUUAUUGAUCUCACUGCCGAUUUUGUCGCGCCGGCCGAAGCCGUUGUGCAGAGUAUGAGCAUCAUUAUCCGAGCAGAUCCAAAUACUAACCUUAUCGCACAACGAAGCCUCAUACCGGCUGCUCAGCAUCGUCUGCAGCCUAGUGAGCGGCCCAUUUUCACUACGUUCGUCACAGGAGUUUUCGCACUCGAGGCUUCAGGUAAGAUAGACCGUGCGGAAGCGUGGAAAAUGUGGCACGAUCGGCCAACAGGACGUAUCGUAGCAAAUGGAAAAGGGGAGUUAAAAUUAGGUUAG